CAAAUGGCCCCUUCCUAUUGGCCCGAUGUUGUCACAACAAACAAGUUGGGGUGAAGACCGUCGAGAUGGAUGCAGCUACCUUAACAUACGACACACUUCGCUUUGGAGAGUUUGAAGAUUUACCUGAGACAUCAGAACCUGUGUGGAUCUUGGGAAAAGAAUAUAGUGCACUCACAGAGAAAGAUGAGAUUUUAUCAGAUGUUACGUCACGACUGUGGUUCACAUACAGAAAAAACUUCCCACCCAUUGGGGGCACAGGACCAACAUCAGACACAGGUUGGGGUUGUAUGUUACGUUGUGGCCAGAUGAUCCUAGGCGAGGCCUUGGUCUGCAGACAUUUAGGCAGAGACUGGAGAUGGGUUAGAGACCAGAAACAAAGAGAAGAGUAUGUCAGUAUUCUCAAUGCCUUCAUUGACAAAAAAGAUAGCUAUUAUUCCAUUCAUCAGAUUGCCCAGAUGGGAGUUGGAGAGGGAAAGCCUAUAGGCCAGUGGUAUGGACCAAACACAGUUGCUCAAGUGUUAAAGAAACUGGCUAUGUUUGAUACAUGGAGUCGUUUAGUUGUACACGUGGCAAUGGACAACACUGUGGUCAUCGAGGAGAUCAAGCGGCUUUGUAUGCCUUGGCUGGAUAAUGGAGAAGCGUGUGCUGAUCCACGGGGAGUCGGUGAGCUCAACGGUUUUCUGGAGGGCGCCUGCGCCAUGGCGGAGGAGGAGAUGGCGCUGUGGAAACCUCUCAUCCUGCUCAUCCCUCUCAGGCUGGGCCUGAGCGAUAUCAAUGAGGCCUACAUCGAAACCCUCAAACAAUGUUUCAUGCUGCCUCAGUCACUGGGUGUCAUAGGGGGAAAACCCAACAGCGCUCAUUACUUCAUCGGUUAUGUUGGAGAGGAACUCAUCUAUUUAGACCCACACACCACACAGUGUGCCGUGGAGCCGUGUGAAGACAGCCACAUUCCUGAUGACACGUACCACUGUCAGCACCCACCCUGCCGCAUGCACAUCUGUGAACUGGACCCAUCCAUAGCUGUGGGUUUCUUCUGUAAGACAGAGGAUGAGUUUGAUGACUGGUGUAUGCAAAUUAGAAGGCUCUCCUGCAACAGAGCAGCUCUUCCCAUGUUUGAACUUGUAGACAGCCAGCCAUCCCACAUGGUCAGUGUGGAUGCACUGAACCUCACACCUGAUUUCUCAGACUCCGACAGGUUGGAGAGAUUCUUUGAUUCAGAGGAUGAAGAGUUUGAGAUCCUUUCCCUGUGAUGAACAUGUGAACAAGGACUUGCUGUUUUUGACAGCCGGAGACAGAUUCCAUCUUGCCUGUCAAAAGGGGAGGCUAAGAUGAGACUACUGGAGAGCUCUUGAGCCAGUCCAGCACCAGUGUAGUCAGUGUGUUUGUCACAGUCUCUGAGACGGCCUGGUCAAAGGGGUAACAGGAGCUCAGGAUAACCAUCUGUAUGCACAUCUCCAUGUUUCUAUUCGAGUCUUUAACACUUUUGUGUUUUUUCUGAAGUGAUAUGGUGCCUUUCCCUGACUCCAUAAAUAAAUCUGCCAUAACAGUUUAUGUAGACAC